CACUGCGGCUAACUGUCGGUUGUGUCAGUCAGUCAAUCGAUGGUCCCGCUGCUGAGCAGAGCAACGGGGCGAAAAGAUUUGUAAAUCGGCACCAACAAGAGACUUAACUCUUCUGUUACACUUUAACCAUCGAGAGGAAUAAACCUAUACCGGGCCCUACACACUGAGUGUAACUCAGGGCAGCAGCGAUGUCAGGCUCCUACGAUGACUCCAUGAUCGAUGUCUCCAGUGACAGCUUCUGGGAGGUUGGUAACUACAAGCGAACAGUGAAACGGGUAGACGAUGGCAACCGACUCUGUAAUGAUCUCAUGAACUGUCUUCAUGAGCGGGCACGCAUUGAAAAGUCUUAUGCACAGCAGCUCUCAGAAUGGGGGAAGCGCUGGCGACAACUCAUAGAAAAAGGUCCUCAGUAUGGUACAUUGGAGCGAGCGUGGUCCGCUCUGUGCACAGAGGCAGAGAAGGUGAGUGAACUCCACAUGGAGGUGAAAGCAGCGCUGAUGGGGGAAGACUACGAGAAGUUGAAGAAUUGGCAGAGAGACGCCUACCACAAACAGAUGAUCGGCGGCUUCAAAGAGACAAAAGAGGCUGAUGAUGGCUUCCGUAAGGCUCAGAAACCCUGGGCAAAGAAACUCAAAGAGAUGGAGACAAUGAAGAAAUCGUACCACUCUGCCUGCAAAGAAGAGAAGCUGGCAGCCAGCAGAGAGACCAACAGCAAAUUAGAGAGCAACAACAACCCUGAAGCCCAAAAGAAGCUCCAGGAAAAGGUGGAGAAGUGUCAGCAGGAGAUGCAGAAGACUAAAGAACGCUAUGAGAAAUCCCUGGAAGAACUCGACAAGUUGACCCCUCAGUACAUGGAGAACAUGGAACAGGUGUUUGAGCAGUGGCAGCAAUUUGAAGACAAACGCAUCCGCUUCUUCAGAGAGCUGCUGCUAGAGGUUAAACAACACUUGGACCUCUCAACCAAUCACAGAUUCCAGACAAUCUACCACACGCUGGAAGACACAAUCUCUGCUACAGAUGCUGAAGAGGACCUGAAAUGGUUCCGGGCCAAUUCAGGCCCUGGAAUGCCAAUGAACUGGCCACAGUUUGAGGACUGGUCCAUAGAUCUAAACCGAACUCUCAGCAGGCGAGAAAAGAAGAAGCCAUCGGAGGGCGUCACUCUGACAGGCAUCAGUCAAACUGGGUCAGACCAGCCUGCGCAGCCUGCCAAGACCAGCAGCAGCCUGACUGUGCCCACUAAAACAGCACCAGUGGGCUCAAACCCCUUUGAAGAUGACGAAGAUGAGGAAGAGGAGGAAGAAGAGGAGAUGGCCGUGGAGCAGCGGACUACAGUCAACCACAACAGUGUGAAAAAAGAGGAAAUAAAAACUGCGAGCAGUAUGGAGAAGACUCCAGACUGGUCGGAUGAAGACACAGGUGGUAACAACCCUUUCUCCGCCAACGGUGAAGGGAAUCCUUUUGAAGAUGAGCCGGCUUCUCCAGUCGUAUCUGUGCCCGUCAAAGCCCUCUAUGACUAUGAAGGACAAGAGCAGGAUGAGCUGAGUUUCAAAGCAGGGGACGAGUUCACCAAAAUUGGCGAAGAAGAUGAUCAGGGUUGGUGCAAAGGUCGGCUCAAGGACGGACAGACGGGCCUCUAUCCUGCUAACUAUGUCGAAGACAUCCAGUAAUGAUUCAUCGCAGGUGAAUAAAUGUGAAGAAAAGAGAAGGUGACAGUGCGGCUGGAAACCAGAAGGCUCUGCUUUAUUUUCAACCCUUUUCUCCCUGUCGGUGAGGGCUGGACUGGUGCGGGAGACGGAUGGAGACAGAGAAGAGAGAAGUUGCAGAUUAUUAAAAGACCUCUUGAGAUAUCGAUGCUUGUCACAGAUUGACCCUCAUAGAAACCUAUGCAGAGCUGGAAAUUAACCGCAGGUUUCCAGAUGAUUCCAGACGAGGAAGAUCACAGAGGAAAAUUGCUGUUGAUGUAAAAUAUGUUACUUAGAAUCCCAUUUAUGCUGUUACAAAAAUAAUAGCUUUUUCAAGUAUAUAUUAGAUAAGAUCAAUGAAAUGUAUGUGUGAAUUUAUAUAUUGUUUAAAUGAAACACUGGGAUGGCAGUCUGACAAAUCGUCUUGCAAUGUUACAUGCAGCCUUAAUAUGCAAGCCACUAUGGAUUCAUUAAGGGAGAUGACCCUCUUUAUAACCAUAAUGAUAUGUUGUAGGUUUUAAACCGUUUCUGCCUGUUAGAAUCCAGUCCAUAAAUGUUACAUGUUUGAUUUAUUUUUUCGGCAGAGUAUGCCCUUAUCUUGAGAUUAACUUGAUUUUAAACUAGUGCUUACAUUGUUCUGUCAUUCCUUUUUCAGGGGUUUGUUUUUCCAUUCAGUUCAUUUACUGUUCUGGUCAUUUUGUGAGGAGUGAUAAAGACCAGUUGAGCCUCAUCCUCAUGUAGUCUUCAUUUAGCUCACAGUGGGUAGGUUCCUCUAGUCACUGCAAUUGAAUGUAUAUUCACUGAUUGUAUUUUCACACUUAUUGAUUGUUCACUUUUGCUGAUUUUUUUUCACAACCACUGACCCAUUAACCCCCCCUGAGCAACUGUUCUCAAGCCUUUCACUCACACAGUAGAUUGUAUUGAAUAAUUUUAAGGGUUAUUUUUCAUGCAACACUGAAAGUUCGUCACAUAAGUUUCUCUCACUUGAAGCUCCAUGUUUUAAUUCUCUCAAUGAGUUAGGGGAGAGUAUUUUUAGUGAUUGUUUUUUUUUUUUUUUUUUAAUAAGUCAUAGUGAUAAAACCACAGCCUGGUAUUGCGUUGCAUACAUGCAUGUACAUAGCCUGGAUAAAACAUAUUGGAACAAAUGAAGCAUUGAGGUCAGAUGAUAUGUAGUUGGAAAUGGGUGAUUGUUAAUUUAUGAUGCCACAAGUGCUUUUGUUCUACUCUUGUUAAAAUGCUGUGACUGAGAAACAGUUUGUAUAGUAAUUGAAUAUUUUAUGGCAAAUAUCCCUCGAAUCUGUUAUUUUGUUAUAUUUGUAAAUAUGAUUAUUUCUUCCCGUCACAGAGGGCCAUACUCACUGACUAAAUCAACAAACGCCAUGUGAAUAAAUAUUAAUUUUCUCUUCGGAGCUAUGAUAUGAAUGAAUUAAUACAAAUGUUUUGGGUUUUUUUGGCUCGCAUUUCUGCAGAGCUUUUCACUUGUGCGAACACCAAAUUCAUGAAUUGCCCAGCGUAUCAAUGAACUCUACAAAAAAAUGCUAUUUGAUGCCUUCAACUGCAGCACGAGAGGAAGAUGAAUUGUGUCAUCUUUAAUAAUAAGGAGACGGGAGAUGUUUUGACAUGUUUUCAGGGCAUGCUGUCGUCAGAACGCAGCAACAGCUGUACUUGCACAGUAAGAUUUGUAAAUGUUGUCCCACAACAUAAUAAAUGAAUUUAUCAAAGAAAAAAAAAA